CACUGUUGCUUUAGGAAAACAACGUCUCCCAUACUGAUUUCUAUCGAAGUUGUGUUGCAAGAGCUUGUCAAAUAGUUAUUACGAGAGAAAGCGAAAAAACUGAAGGCAAAUUAACCAUUAUCCCUUGAGCAGGUUAGGUAGAGUGCUGAGAGCCGAGCUGGCCUAUAUUUGAAAAUCACAUGACUGGUCCAAGGGGCCGGCCCUCACGAUAGAUGGAUCCGUUCAAGAAUCUGUCCUUAUCGCCUUCGUCUCUGGCAUUGUCAGUACCUUUGCUCGACAGCAGCGACGAGGCAAGUGACGAAAGGACUAGUUUUGUCAGAUCGGCAAAAUCGCAGCGGAAGUACGGAAGUACUACAAGCGGAAGUAGCAUGAAUGACUCCUUAUCACCUUCAAGAUUUCAUCCCAGUUGUCACAUGGAACACAGAGUUCAACCAGGAGAAACAUUGGCUGGAAUUGCACUUCGAUAUCAGACAACGAUGGAACACAUCAAACGUAUCAACAAAAUGUGGACCAGUGAUACCCUUUUUCUACGAGAAACCUUACUUGUCCCAUGUCCUGCAGAAGACUUCCCAGCUGGCACUGAAGCAUUUGCCAGAUUGAUGAUAGAAAAUGAAACGAAUGGAACUGUGUUUCCUACCUUGGAUGCAUCCUGUACGGAAAUCCCAUCGGUUUUCUCUGAAGUUAGCCUUAGGUCCAUGAAAAACAAUCCAGAGCUGGCGAGGACCAGUUCUGCUAGCAGUGCAAGUAGCACCAGUAUUGACUGUGACAAAAAUAUCCAUGAUUAUCUUGGUGACAUUGAUAGUCAAAUUAAAGAAGCCAAAUCAAAAGCGCAAAAAUUACAAAAGACAAGAUUAGAUGUCAGACAAAUCAACUUUAACCGUUUGUUAAUGUUCAUUGCUGGAAUACUCCUUUUUUCGGUUGCACCAACACUGUGUAAGAAAGUUAUAUUUCACUACACUACUGGAACGCUUGUUGGAGUAUUGGGUUCAAUUCUCAUUAUUGUCUAUCUUACUAGCAGGAUUAUUCCCAAAAAAUCUGGUGCUUAUGCUGUCUUGAUUGGUGGGAGCUCUAUAGUCUUUUACCUGAUCAGAAGUCUCUGGGAGAACAUGUACUCUGUGCUUCGAGAAUAUCAUUACUAUGUGAUUGCUUACCUAGCCGCCAGUUCAGUGAUUAGUUUCGCAUUUUGCUACCGAUUUGGUCCAGUCACAAAUACUAGAACCAUUAAUCUCCUUCAGUGGUCUCUUCAGUUGUGUGGCUUGUACCUAGUGUUUGAAAGCAGUGAACAUAAAGAAGGAGCAAUGGCCAUAAUCUUAGUCACGGUUGUCUCGCAUAACUUUCCGGGAGCGUGGUGGGCUCGAUGCCAGACACUGUGGUUCAAAAGAUUUCCCCCUACCGUGCGCUUAUUAACCGAAGAUGAAUACGUCGAUCAAACUCGAAUUGAAACUGAACGAGGACUAAAGGAAUUACGAGAAUUCAGCAGAAGUCCCCAAUGCAACGCCUGGAAAACGAUGAAUCGACUUAAGGAUCCCCUCAGGAUGCGAACUAAACCUAGUCCUCGUUGUAUUGAAUUCGUCUCGACUCCACCUAAAAAUAAUCGAAAUAGAAGGUCUUCUCGAUUUGCCGAAUUUGUGGAGGGCAAGUCACAUCUCUCAGAUCGUGAAGUGCUCGACUACGAGACGACAGCGUAUAGAGAGAGCGAGACAUGGACGGACGACGAAUCAGAUGAAGAAUGAAACAGUGAAAAUGAUCAAUUAAAUGCAAGAAACAAACUUUUUAUUUCCCCCUUUUUUUCUGGAGGGUGAGGAGGAGGUCGGAGAGUGAGAGUUGAAAUUUGAAAGCAAAGUCGAUUUCAAAGCAAUUAAUUUCAAUACAUGAAAAUCAUAAAAGAAA